AUGGAGCCGGCCACCCCGAGCGGGCUGCCGGCUGGGCCGGAGCCGGAGUGGCCCCCCGGGCCUCCGCUGGGGGUGGAGAACGUGGCCACCCUGGUGGUCUUCGCCAUCAUCUUCGCCCUGGGCGCGCUGGGCAACGGGCUGGUCAUCGCCGUGCUGGCCCGUCGCCGGCCGGGGGCGGCGCGAAGCCCCACCAACGUGUUCAUCCUGAACCUGAGCGUGGCCGACCUGGCUUACCUGCUGUUCUGCGUGCCCUUCCAGGCCACGGUCUACGCCCUGCCCAGCUGGGUGCUGGGCUCCUUCCUUUGCAAGUUCACGCACUACCUCUUCACCGUGUCCAUGCUGGUCAGCAUCUUCACCCUGUCGGCCAUGGCCGUGGACCGCUACGUGGCCAUCGUCCACGCCCGCCGCUCGCCGGUCCUGCGCGUGGCGCGCAACGCCCUGCGCGGCGUGGGCCUCAUCUGGGCCCUGGCGCUGGUCCUGGCGGCCCCCGUGGCGCAAAACCAGCGCCUGGUCUACAGCGCCCUGGGGAACCUCACCUUCUGCUGGGAGCUGUGGGCCGAACCGGGCCACAAGCGCCUCUACGUCGUGGCCACCUUCGUCCUGGGCUACCUGCUGCCGCUGCUGAUCAUCUGCUGCUGCUACGCCAAGGUCCUUAACCAUUUGCACAAAAAGUUGAAAAACAUGUCAAAGAAGUCCGAAGCAUCCAAGAAAAAGACGGCUCAGACGGUCCUGGUGGUGGUCGUGGUCUUUGGCAUCUCCUGGUUGCCGCAUCACGUGAUUCACCUGUGGGCAGAGUUUGGGGUCUUCCCGCUGACCCCGGCCUCGUUCCUCUUCAGGAUCACGGCGCACUGCCUGGCCUACAGCAACUCCUCCGUCAACCCCAUCAUCUACGCCUUCCUCUCGGAGAACUUCCGCCAGGCCUACAGGCAGGUGUUUCGGUGCCAGCUGGGCAGCCCCUUGUCCCUGCGUGAGGCCAAGGACAACCGGAGCCGACAGGACACACCACCCUCCACCAACUGCACCCACGUGUGAACCCCCCCGACCCCG